AUGCCCUCACCGCCGCUGCAUCUUCCUGACGCCCGGGCCAGGCAAAAUGUAGAGGGCAGCAAUACCCACUUUGCAGAUGUGGCGUUGUCACUCGACGGAGCCAAUUCAAGCACAGAGUAUUUUGAGAAAUUCGAUGGCAAGAAUGACCUUCUGGAGCAUGCUUCAGCCAGCCCCUCCACCAAACACCCAGCCAGACCGAGCCUGGUCCCAGGGAUCUCUUCCACGGCUCGCCGACCUUCAUUUAUAGACGAAGAGGAAGACCCCAUAGCGAGCGAGAAUGCCGCUCAUGGACAGCCAGACAGAUCCGACAAAGAUCGACCGGUGACAUGGAUGUCGUUGCCUAAGAAGGGACAAUUGGCCGUUCUGACCUUUGCUCGACUCUCCGAGCCAUUGACGGAACGGUCUCUUGCGGCAUACUUGUUCUACCAGCUUCGAUCGUUCGACCCAAAUCUUCCAGAUAGCACGAUCGCAAGUCAAGGUGGUAUGCUCACUGCUUCGUUUGCAGCCGCGCAGUUUGUGACAGCCGUCUGGUGGGGACGAGCGGCUGAUACGCCUUGGAUUGGUCGCAAACGAGUCUUGCUGGUAGGGUUGUUUGGUACUUGUGUCAGUUGUAUUGGCGUGGGCUUCUCAAAGUCCUUUGCCCAGGCACUGUUCUUCCGAGCAUGUGCUGGCUGUCUCAAUGGAAAUGUGGGCGUCAUGAGAACCAUGAUCAGCGAGAUUAUCAAAGAGAAAAAAUACCAGUCGAGGGCAUUCCUUCUUUUGCCCAUGUGUUUCAAUAUUGGUGUCGUUAUCGGCCCGAUCCUGGGUGGCUUCCUUGCAGACCCAAUAUCCUCGUUUCCUGCUGUCUUUGGACCAGAUUCUUUCAUUGGUGGCAAGGAUGGAGUCGGCUGGAUGACAGCCUUCCCCUACGCUCUCCCAAACGUGGUGAGCUCCAUGUUCAUCCUGGCCUCUGCUCUCCUCCUCGUGUUGGGUUUGGACGAAACCCAUGUCGCGUUGAAAGACCGGCCGGAUUAUGGCCGAAAGCUAGGCAAGUAUCUGGCCCGGGUCCUGUUCCGUCGUGGCAAGCAGGAAUAUGAAUACUCUGAAAUUGGCAAUCAAGUCGAGCUGCAGGAUAUCGAUGAAGACGAUCUGUCGCCGCAAGACAGAGACCCCGAGUCCUCAAGGGCUCCAGGCGCAACGCCCACGGGCACCAAACCGGCUUCCUGGAAACCAAAUCUAUCAUUCCGGCAAAUCUUCACAAAGAAUGUCGUCCUUACUCUGCUUGCCCACCACCUCCUGGCCAUGCAUGUGUCGGCUUUCAAUGCGUUGGUCUUCCUGUUCCUCCCAGCACCCCGGUCAGACAACACCCACGCAAGAUUGCCGUUUCUCUUCUCUGGUGGCCUCGGCCUCAGCUCUGACCGCGUCGGUCUUGCCACUGCCAUCAUUGGCAUCAUCGGGUUCCCUCUCCAGAUCCUCCUCUACCCAUCCCUCAACUCGAAACUGGGCACCUUGCCGAGCUACAGAUGGUUUCUUCCCUUUUCCGUCCUCGCAUAUCUCAUCAUGCCAUAUCUGGCCCUUAUCCCCAACAAAGCAUUCUUGGUUUGGCCCGCGCUCACGGUGGUGUUGGCUUUCCAAGUCAUAGCCCGCACCUUCGCUCUGCCUGGCUCGACAAUUCUUAUCAAUAAUUGUACACCGCACCCGAGCGUAUUAGGCACAAUUCAUGGGUUUGCGCAGAGUGUCUCUUCUGGGGCAAGGACUCUGGGACCUACCCUCGGAGGAUGGGGAUUGGGGAUGGGAUUGGGCGGAAACUGUGUGGGCGCCGUUUGGUGGGUUAUGGCGAGCAUUGCCGUCCUGAACUGGUCGUUGCUUUGGGUCAUUUCCGAGGGAGACGCAGGUGCAGCGGCCGCGGCGGCCAUGGGCGGUUGA